AUGUUCAAGAAGUACUUUGGCCUCCGAGGCCAGGCCCUCAACUAUGCUAUCAGUACCAUUGCUGGAACCGAUUUCCUGCUCUUUGGCUAUGACCAAGGUGUCAUGGGUGGUAUCUUGACAAUGGCACCUUUCAUGGAGCAAUUCCCAGACAUGCACAGCGAUGAUCCCACCGUAUCUGCCGCUGUUCGAAAGAACCGCUCCAACUAUCAAGGCAUCGCUGUUUCGUCUUACAACCUGGGCUGCUUCUUCGGUGCCAUUGCUACCAUCUUUCUUGGAAACAAGCUCGGCCGCAGGAAAAUGAUUAUGCUCGGUACCACAAUCAUGGUUGUUGGUGCUGCUCUUCAGGCUUCUGCGUUCACUCUGGAACACUUCAUCAUCGGACGAAUCAUCACUGGUCUUGGUAACGGCGGCAACACAUCUACUGUUCCUAUGUGGCAAUCAGAAACCUGCUCCGCCCAUAAACGUGGUAAAUUAGUAAUGAUCGAGGGAGCGCUCAUCACACUCGGCAUUACCAUCUCGUACUGGGUCGACUACGGCAUGUACUUUGCGCAAGACACAUCUGCCUGCUGGCGCUUCCCAAUGGCGUUCCAGAUUGUCUUCUGUCUAGUCAUCAUGGCCUUUGUUAUGAACCUCCCAGAAUCUCCCCGCUGGCUUGUGCUCAAGGGACGUGAUGAAGAUGCAAAGGAAGUUAUUGCUGCCAUUGCCAACCAGGAUGUUCAGAGCAAGUAUGUGGACAACGAGUUCAAGGCCAUCAAGGAGACAGCUGCAGAGAUGAGUAAGGGCUCAUUCUCAGACUUGUUCUCUCGAAAUCACAACAAGAACCUUCACCGUACUCUCAUCGCUUAUAUCAAUCAAAUGUUCCAACAGAUCUCUGGUAUCAAUUUGAUUACUUAUUAUGCUGCUACCAUCUAUGCUGGACUUGGUAUGACGGGCCAUAUGCCUCUACUCAUGGCCGCUCUGAACGGUACCGAAUAUUUCUUGGCCUCACUCCCUGCAAUCUGGCUGGUUGAGCGGGUUGGCCGUCGAAAGCUGAUGCUCUUUGGCGCAGCAGGCCAGUGUGCAUCCAUGGCUAUCCUUGCUGGAGUUGGCUCCAGCGAUGCCAAGGCUUGCCAGAUUGUUGGAAUUGUCUUCUUAUUUGUCUUCAACUCAUUCUUCGCCGUUGGCUGGCUUGGCAUGACUUGGCUGUACCCUGCUGAGAUCACGCCUCUUCGCAUCCGUGCGCCUGCCAACGCUCUGUCAACAUCAAGUAACUGGAUCUUCAACUGGCUGGUGGUCAUGAUCACUCCUCCUGCAUUUGAGAACAUUGGAUCCAACACAUAUGUCAUCUUUGCAGUCAUCAACGCCAUCAUGGUUCCUUCGGUCUACUUUUUCUUCCCUGAGACUGCAUAUCGAUCUCUGGAAGAAAUGGAUACUAUCUUUCAGAAGGUGGGGCAUGGUUUCCAAGGCGCACUCGAUGUCGUCAAGCAGGCCAAGAUCGAACCUCGACGAUAUGACAACAAUGGCAACCUUCUCAUUGCCAUUGAGGAGGUUGAAGAGAAGGGACAUGUUGAGCAUCGAAGUGGAAGCUCAAGUGGACAGAGCGGCGAAGGUAACAACGCUGCCAUGUUUGCUUCGCACGACGAAGAGAACCAGCGCCGGGAGAAUUAA